GCGCACACACCAACCAAAGCUCGUUUUCAGAGGGAGUGAGAGAGGCAAACGAUGACGACGACGAUGGCGGCAGCGGCUCUUCGCAGAUUCUCGUCCUCCUCCGUCAAGAACCCGAUCUCGUUUGCUGCCUCUAAUGGCGGUUCCCUCCGUUUCAUGUCGUCUUUUCCAAAUUCGGCUAUUGCGGAUUCGGAGAAAUCUCGCGCCACGUGGAUAAAACAACUGAAUGCUCCUUUGGAAGAAAUCGAUCCCGAAAUCGCCGAUAUUAUCGAGCUUGAGAAAGCUAGGCAAUGGAAGGGACUUGAACUUAUACCAUCAGAGAAUUUCACAUCUGUCUCUGUGAUGCAAGCGGUUGGCUCUGUGAUGACUAACAAAUACAGUGAAGGAUACCCUGGCGCCAGAUACUACGGAGGAAACGAGUACAUUGACAUGGCAGAGUCAUUGUGUCAAAAGCGCGCAUUAGAAGCUUUUCAAUUAGAUCCUUCAAAGUGGGGAGUCAAUGUGCAGUCUUUAUCAGGAUCCCCUGCUAACUUCCAAGUUUAUACUGCACUGCUUAGGCCUCAUGAGAGGAUCAUGGCACUUGAUCUACCUCAUGGUGGACAUCUUUCUCACGGUUACCAGACUGACACGAAGAAAAUCUCAGCUGUAUCCAUAUUCUUUGAGACAAUGCCAUACAGGUUGGAUGAGAACACCGGUUACAUUGAUUAUGACCAGCUGGAAAAAAGUGCUGCGCUUUUCAGGCCAAAACUUAUUGUUGCUGGUGCAAGUGCUUACGCUCGUCUUUAUGACUAUGCGCGUAUACGCAAGGUUUGUGAUAAGCAAAAGGCAGUUAUGUUGGCUGACAUGGCACACAUUAGUGGGUUGGUUGCUGCUGGUGUGAUUCCUUCUCCUUUCGAGUAUGCAGAUGUUGUGACGACUACGACUCACAAAUCACUUCGAGGUCCACGUGGGGCUAUGAUCUUCUUUAGAAAGGGGGUGAAGGAGAUCAACAAACAAGGGAAAGAGGUGAUGUAUGACUAUGAAGACAAAAUUAACCAGGCUGUUUUCCCUGGACUGCAAGGUGGUCCACACAAUCACACUAUAACUGGUCUAGCCGUUGCACUGAAGCAGGUCAAAACACCCGAGUACAAGGCUUACCAGGAACAAGUUCUCAGAAAUUGCUCAAAGUUCGCUCAGACCUUGCUAGAGAAAGGGUAUGACUUGGUGUCUGGAGGAACUGAGAACCACCUAGUCUUGGUGAAUCUGAGAAAUAAGGGAAUAGAUGGAUCAAGAGUGGAGAAAGUCUUGGAAUCUGUACAUAUAGCUGCAAACAAGAAUACCGUCCCGGGCGAUGUUUCUGCCAUGGUUCCAGGUGGCAUCCGUAUGGGAACACCGGCUCUCACAUCUAGAGGAUUUGUUGAAGAAGAUUUCGCGAGAGUUGCUGAUUUCUUUGACGCAUCUGUCAAGUUGGCCUUGAAGAUCAAGUCCGAGGCUCAAGGGACAAAGUUGAAGGAUUUUGUAGCAACAAUGGAAUCAAAUGAGCGAUUCCAAUCAGAGAUCGCAAAGCUUCGCAAGGAGGUCGAGGAAUACGCAAAACAGUUCCCAACUGCAGGAUUCGAGAAAGAGACAAUGAAAUACAAAGACUAAAAUGAUCGAUAUACGCUCUCCACAUGUAUAAUAAUGCUAGAUCUCUCUAUGCUCCUUGAUCCCAUGUGUUGUUUAAUUGAACAUGACAAUGCUCAGAUGGGGAGAUCUAAUAUCCAACGCAUGUUGAUAGGGUGGUGAUUCCAUCUUCUUUCUGGACGCCUGUUGUUUGAUUAUUGUUUUGUUUUGUUUCCUUCAUCAAUAAAAUUUGAAAUGUAAUGCUAUGGACGGACCAAAGAUGUUUCAAUUUCUUGCAACAGAAAUCCAUGCCUAUGCAGUCUGAUGUGUUCUGUUGUCAACUGGCUCAUUUUGUUUUAUAGUCAGUGUCUCGUUGCUUCG